GCUACGAUCAGAGCCGCCGAGGUCAAGGUGGAUAUGGCGGUUGAGUCAAUGCUGAGAGACGCGUCGCCAUCAUACGCUGACGCGAUGGUCUACAACGGAAAUGAGAUUUUGUUCAGGGGCUAUCGCUCCGACAAGGAUUCGACCGUGCAGCAGAAGUUCGUGGAUGAGCUCUUUGUCCUUGAGGCCAACCAGGGCAGCUGCAUUCCAUCCAUGAAAGCUGGACAAGCCGACGACGACGAGAGCCAGGUCGGCUGCUUGGUUAUCUUUGCAGAGGACCUGGAUCAGGGCAACAGGUCCAAGUUGACGGAGCGGGAGGGUGAGUGGAGCUCCGAGCAGCACCCAUGGCGAGGGCACCCUGGUCUCCGUGAACAAGCAGAUGGAUUGCAGAUGGGGCUUGAGCUCAACGAGCGAUCGCUCCAAGUUCGUCACACCAAUCAAGGCAAGGGAGUGCAUGCGGUCAAUGAGGACUGUGAUCGUGCCAGGAUGGGUCGAAGGUUUGCAGGAUCCACAUCCUUGCUCACCCCCCAGAUCUUUGCAGAGACGAUGGCCAGCAUAGUGUACAACAGCUCAACGGCCACGAUCGAAGAGGUGGAGCGGAGGCCAAGUUCACGGCAGCUCAUCCGUCGAAGGUGCCUGAGAGCACGCCAGCACCCGCGCCAGAGCCACACCGAGUUCUGCGCCGGCAGCAUUGAAGCCAGCAACACCGCUCGGCUCCUGAGAAGCCCUCCGAGGAGGGUGGGCGACCGGGUUCUGAUCAUGUCCCGCAGAUCAGCCGUCCGAACUCCCAGCGAGAUCCUUCACAGUUGCUUGGGAGAUCGCAACGGGACCUCAGCUCUUGGAUCGAGUGGCAUAGAGGUUACUCACCAUGUUCUCCUCUUUCUGCCGGCUCUGUCCGCGGAUGACCACGUGAUCAAUGCCGCCUUGCUGCGGCUGGACAUGGUCAACCUUCUGGCGGACAUGGCGUCUCGUUCAGCCAAGCGGGUUCAAGAAGAGAUAUCCAUUGAUCGUGGCUACGGUUCGGCAGAGCCGCCACGACCACGUUGUGCACAAGGCCCCCCUCCCGCUGCAGGACUCCAAGAAUCUGGACAGGAGGAGGUGGUGCCUCUGCUCAUGGUCUCAGAGUUUACCUGCCCACGAAAGAUCAAGGGUGUGGGCCGGCCGUGCUCCCAUCGUUCAACUAUGCAGUGGGCUGGAUCUGCAAACGCCUGGUGCCCCAAUAUGGGCGAAGCUCGCUUCAAGGUAGUGAUCGACCAGGUGCACCUUGAGAAGGGCAAGGAGCUCAAAGAGGUUGUUCCAUUGCCGCCCCAGCUGGCGCUGGAGGCUCUGGUUCCGAGGCUAGCCCAUCAGGGCAAGACUGCCGCCGCGAUCACGGCUUGGCGGGCCCUCGCUUUGAUCUAUGCAUCGCUCAGGUUUGAUGACGGAGUUCACGUUGCUCCCUCUUCCCUGGAGAUGUCGGAAGAUGCCAUGCUCGGCGUUGUUUGGCAGACCAACGUCGGGCGGAAGAGGAAGUUUUUGAUCGAAGAAGAGGACGAAGAGGUCCAGGAGCCCAUGGUCCGAGAGCUCAUUGUGAAGGCAUCCUUGCCGGCUAUCUCUUUUGAUUCGGCCGAUUUUAGAGGCACGUGUCGGUUUUCCAGCAUUUUUAUCCCAGUUUCGUCGGCUCGAAGUGAGUUUCUUAGGUCUUUGCUGUUUUCUUUCAACAUGGUCGAUCGUACGGUGUAUGCCGAUGAUGCGCGCACGCCGAAGAUCGCCCUGCGCCAGAUCUUUGGCCGAAUGGGGCUGAGCACUGAUCUGUGCCGCGCCUCUGCUGAUGCCGGGCUCUUGUCAGUUGAAGUUUUUGCCAUGCUCAGCGACGCUGCAGGUCCAGUCAGGACAUCUCUGCAGACAUUGCUCCCUACUGGCGCUCUGGUGCGAAUGUUCGUGACUGCUCACCCGGAUGUGAUCCUCCUGGAUGCCAAAGAGCCGCACAAGAAGUUCGUGGAAAAUGUCUGCCGGCCCAAGAACGCAGAGGAUCUUCGGACGAUCUCCAAAGCCGAGGAGCCUGAUCAGGAGCUCGGACAGUUCAAGGCGGAAUGCCCAGGUCUUCCUUCCUUUUCUCCUAGCCUAGCUGCUGACUCUUUGGUCCGCAAGAAGGUGCAUCGGCUCCAGUCCGAGCAGAGGGAGCUCUACAGCACUUUUGAAGCCGCACUCUUGGAGGUGCUCCACAAUCACAAAAAGCGCAACAAGAAGGCAAUUGCCAUCGACACCAGGGAGAUCAAGCCGAUUAAGAAGGACCAGUUCGACAAGAAUAAGGAGAAAGAUCUCAACGUGGACAAGGAGCACGUGGGACGCCUGAUCCGCGCCAAGUUCAUUGUGUUCAUCCAUUUUGGAACACCGUGCUCUUCAUUUAGCAUUGCUCGCAAAGACGAUUGGGGGCACCCACCGCUGCAAGAUCGCCAUCAUCUUUGGGGGCUUCCUGACCUGGCGCCACGAGAUCUGGACAAGCUGAAGUUGGGCCACGAGUUCAUCCAUCUCACAGUGCAGUGGGCGACCUUGCUCACUGAGUUCGGGCUCAGCUGGUCCAUUGAGAACCCUGCCAACUCGUUCUUGUGGGAUAUGCCGCCCAUGGUCGCGCUGGCGGCUUUGCAUCUGCAAAGCUGUUCCGGCUCGAUAUGUCUACCCACCAGCUUUGUGCGGCACGUGGGCGCAGGCGAUCGCCACUGUGGUCAUGGAUCCUUGGCGGCCACUUUUCAAUUAGUCACACCUGCUGCGGAACGCAAGCGGCCAGUGGGCCAGGCAGUUCCCGGGAAGUCUCACAAGCAAAGGAUCACGGCAGGGAAAGCCAACUCAGGCUAUCAACUGAAGCGCUCGGCAUUGCCGCCACUCUUGGCCACUGAGAUGGAGCCUGGUCAGGCUGCGCAAGCAGCCUUGUACGUGGUUGGCCCGUUCACCGUGGGUCCGGCGCUCGGCCCAGACCUUCAAGAAGAGCUGUGGCCCACGACCGAUGCGUGGCUCCAAGUUGAAGAUCCGCACCUUCGUCGUCUUCUUCGACGGAAACCGGAUGACGAGCCCUUGGUGGUGCUGAUAUGGCAAGACAUGCUGGCAGCCGCUCGCUGCAUUGAUACGCAGCUGCCCGCCGUGCUGCUCCACGGCUUCCCGAUCGUGGGCAAUAUUCAGCGCGGCCGCAGGUGGCCUGCCAUUCUUACCAGUGAAGGUGGGAUCUCCGUCCAUGAGUUGUCCGACCGGGCCUGGGAGUUUUUCGGUAAGGUGGUUCGCAACGUCAAAAAAUGCGAGGUCACGGAGAUCUGGGCGGCCACUAUGGAGGAUGUUGAAGAAGGGGACACAGUGGGCCCAAUGUUCUCCAGAGACGAGGUCAGUGAAUUUUUGGGCACUGAUCAGUGGAUUCCUACACAGAGAUUCGAAGUGGUCGAGAAGAAUAAGGUUCGUGGUGUUGAUAGCGCCACGGUGAAUGGUGUGAACCACGGCCACGGAGAAGAUCGACCUGUAUCUACAGAUGUCAACGUUGCUGCUCUUCGGUGGUUGCGAUCUCACAUCAGCAAGGGCGAGAAGAUCGAAGGGAGGAUCUCUUUGGUGGUUGCUUUCAACUUCUAUGAUGACAAGUAUUGGUUCGGUCACGUGCUCGUCCGCCUUCGACGUCGCGCAGAAGGCGGGAAGCUUUGCGGCAAGCUCAUGUUUGGAGCGUCGCAGCUCUGGGGUAAGAUCGGGAGCUCAACCGUUGCAGUUGGAGCCGCUGUGGAUUUCUCUCUCAUCGACAAGUGGAUUCCGAAGAAGUCGCAGGUCGCGAUGGUAGAGCUCUUCGCCACGGUGGUUGCUUUGCGCACAUUUCGUGAGAAGCUCGCAGGGUCCUGCUCUUUGUUGCCCGUGGAUUCUGAGCCUGUACAGGGAGCUCUAGCGAAAGGAUACUCAGCUCGAGAAGAUUUGUGCGAGCUAGUAGGUCUAUGGUGCGCUGAUCUGCUCGCAAUGCAGCUCUGGCUCUUGGCUGGUACCGAUCU